AAAGUAUAUAUACGGCUACAGGGAAGAAUUUCUUCCUCUAUUGUUACAUUGUAACAAACGGGGCCGGGGCGGAACGGGGAGAAAGGCAGGCGUCUUCUCGUUACGUUUGCAACAUUUUGACUCCAUUCGAUUAAAAAAAAAAGGAAGCCAAAAUCCGCGUUAAUGCGAGACGAAAGCGAAGUAAGCACCGCCGACUGAACCCGCCCCGGCGAGAAAAAGGAUAAACGAACACAGAUGUCAGCGGAUUUCUACAUCGCAAGCCUAUCAGAAAGAUAAGACAUUCGGCUAAUUAUAUUAUUCAUGUUAGGCAAUAAAUCGCAGCUAUUCAUAUGACGUCCCUAUUUCUGCCGUCUGUCCUUUAAAUGGAUAGGCAUGCAACAUUUAAAUAAAACCCGCAGGUCUAGCAGACAGCUCCUGCUUUCUUCGUGUGUGCAGAACAAUGAGCAUGGAGCCUAAGUAGCCUGCUAUAGUCAGAUAGAAGUGUUGCAAAUUGACAGUCACGCAAGCUUCCAGACCGAUUACUUUAGGUUACGAUUGCCCCACGGUUGCAGUCUGGAUACUCUGUUCAGAGAUAUCGGUUUUGUACUAAAAAAGGCAUCUCACAGGGCGUUGAAAGAUUGAUGUGCAGCUCACAUUGGAAAGGGAAACGACCUACGAGUUGGUUGGAAUAAGGGUCCUUGUAUUCUGCCCCAGACACCGAGUUUCCAUGGAGGCAGGUUCGUCCCUCAGCCUCAAACGAAGAUAUGAAGAGGUGGACAACAGCUCUCCAUUCUCUACACCUAAGGACUCCGACGAUGACAUUUCCAGCAGUGACAGCGCUGACAGCUGUGACAGCCUCAACCCCCCCUCCAGCACUGCAUUUACCCCCACCUCCAUCCUCAGACAGCACAAGCCGUCACCGGGGGGAAAACGGGUACGUUUUGAUGUGGUGACGGUGUAUUACUUUCCCCGGCGGCAGGGGUUCACCAGCGUGCCCAGCCAGGGUGGCAGCUCCCUGGGCAUGGCCCGUCACCACUCCUCUAUCAGACACUACACGCUGGGCGAGUUUGCCCGAGAACAGGAAACGAGCCACCGGCACACUUUACGCCAGCACCUGCGCCAAGAGAAGCUCAAUGCCCGCAAGAUGAAGCUGACAAGGAACGGCACGGUGGAGUGCGCUCAGGCAGACCUGCUGACACUGGAGGACGUAUCCGAUGAGGACCUGGACGUGGACGAGGUGGAGGUGGACGACUGCUUCUUUCUUCAGCCGCUGCCCACAAAGCGCCGCCGAGCCCUCCUGCGAGCGUCCGGCAUCGCACGCAUCGAUGCGCGGGAGAAAGCCGAGCUCCGAACCAUCCGCCUCUCGCGGGAGGAAUGCGGCUGCGACUGCCGCUUGUACUGCGACCCGCGCCACUGCGGCUGCAGCCAGGCUGGGAUUAAGUGCCAGGUGGACCGAAUGUCGUUCCCGUGUGGCUGCUCUCGGGAUGGCUGCGGCAACAUGGCGGGCCGCAUCGAGUUCAACCCUCUACGCGUCCGAACUCACUACCUGCACACCAUCAUGAAGCUGGACCUGGAGAAGAGGAGGGUGCUGAUACAAGGGACCGGCGACCAGUACGCCGAAUCCGACCACAUGUCCUCCCCCUCCUCCACUUGCCCCACGUCUCCGGACCUAUCCUCCGUCGCCGGCCUGGACUCCGAGCUGGAGGAGAGCGAGGCGCAGACGGCGGCGGAGGUCCAGGAUCUCCUGGCGGAGCAGGACAUCCUGGAGCGAGAGAACGAGACGGCCGUGCUGCACCUGCAGAGCGCCGAGGAGCAGGAGAGGCGGGAGCGCGAGGAGGCGGAGGGGGAGGCGGUGCAGACGGAGCUGGGCGCACAGCAGCCUCUCUGCCUCCUGCCCGGGCAGGCGGGGGUGCCGGGGGUGGAGCAGGUCCUCCUGCAGGGGCCCUUCCCCACGGGGGCCACAGUGCUCUGCAUCACUGACAACCAGGAGGAGAGCCCCUCGGCCCUCCUCAAAGACUCCACUUCUCUGCUCUACUACCAGCUGGGCCCCAUCCAACCGGGGGCCUUCGAGAGCCUGCACAGAGCGCAGGAGGCGGAACAGGAGGAGCGCUCGCUGGGAGAACAGGGUUCAGGAGGAGGCCAAAGGAAAGAAGAAGAAGAAGGAGGAGGAGGAGGAGGAGGAGGAGGAGGAGGAGAGGAGUCGAAAAAUGAUGAGAUCCCCUGCAGGCCGAUUUUGGGCAAGUCUUUGACCAAUGUGAUCCUGCGCUCGGAGGGCUGCGUGGCAGUGGCGGAGGAGAGGCCCUCGAGCCCCCUGCAGAGCCCGGCUGGUGUGCAGCAGUGCCAACGGGAGGCGUGCUCCGAGGAAGGAGUCAAUCCACUGCCUCCCGAAGUUUAGCUCUAGCUUCUCUGCAGAUAUUUUGCACAAUAGCUUCAUCUAAGAUGAAAAGAAAUGUACACAUUUCACAUUUAUCACUGCUAUUAUCAAGAAUUAUUACAGGUUGCAAUCUCUUGUAGUGACUGUCAUUGAAUUAUGUGGAGAAUAAGAAGUGAGUAUUACAAGACCUGAGGGGGAGGGAGGGGGUGGGGGGGGUGUGGUGUGGGUGUGGAAUGCUGAAAGCACAUACAGACUACUCCCGAGAAGUAAUAUGGAUGCAGUUACAAGGAAACAUUGUACGUAAUUCAGUUUAGGGGUGAUGAAUACGGCCUUAAUGGAAAAAACAUUAAAAAAAAAAAUCAAAAAGUAACACUUGUGUGUAGGAGUCGAUGGGAAAGUACACAGCAAGUAGUGCUUUGUUAAUUCCCAUCGUAGCGAACAGAAAAACGCAACGUGGGAAUGCUGACGUAAGCCUUUUGUUUGGUGAUGAUCAAAAAAACCAACAUAAAAACAAAGCUAUCGAUGCUAAACACAAAUAGUUUUGCGGUGAGCCCGAAGCUCACGAGUCGAGAUCCCUACUCGCUCACUCCCCCUUACAGCGAACCUGUGCUGUAGUCAAGCCAAAUAAAGGCCUCCGAUAGUAUCCUCCGCUGAAAACAGACCUAAUUAUCCUGGAAAUACUUGUUUUUGUGUACUGUAUAUGCAUUUGCAAUGUGCAAGACAGAGCCGAGGUCGCUGCUUUUUAUUUUAAAUUUUUUAACCGUACGCACAUUGUGAAGCCGAGGGCCAGUGUUGGCGGCGCUGCUGUUAACGAAGGAAAACCAACACAGAGCAGCGGCCAACACCGGGCCUUAGUUAUUGCUCUUGCUCACCUCGCGCCGCUCGUGCAAAUGCAGUGGAUUUUUGUCGACAGAACCUCUAGUUUACCUGUAGUUCCAAUGCCUAUGAUAUUCCUUAUUAUUUCCUUGAUUAAUGUGUCUUUUGUGGAUUAGAUCCUGUUGGUUUGAAGUCCUGAGUCUUUUGUUUUCUUUUGUUGUUGUUGUUGUUGUUGUUGUUUUUUUUUGGAGUGAAAGGAGAUCUUUUAUACUGCUAUAGCCGUAACCCCAUGUGGUCAGUCAUGUCAUGCCAGGAUAGAUCUUCCCCAGGCCUCUCCUCUUUUAAUGAAUUCUACUACAUUAUGAGGAAGAGAUGAUUUCCGAAUCAAGUCCGAUUGCAUAUGAAGAAUAUAGCAUGGGAAGAGUCAAAGAAAGUAGUUCUACAAAGUGAUGUGAGGUUACUAACUUAUGAAACAGAUUGACAACGAACUGACUUUGUAUAUUUUAGUGUGUGUGCGUGUGUGUGUGUGUGUGUGCGCGCGUGCGUGCGCGCG